AUGGCUCCUCUCCCAGAAAUCGUCCUCAUCCACGGCGCCUGGCACACACCAAAGAACUACACAAGCUAUAUGACAGACCUCCAAAAAGCAGGCUUCACAGUGCACGCCCCCCACCUCCCAAGCAACAAUGGCAUCAGACCACCAACAGCAUCCCUCCCAGAAGACAUAUCCCUCGUCCGCAACCUCGUUCAAGACCUAGUCAACACGGGAACGCGCAUCCUAAUGGUAAUGCACUCCUACGGCGGUCUAGUCGGCACAUCAGCAAUCCAAGACCUGGAUCUCUCAACCCGACAAGCCAACAACCAACCAGGCGGCGUAAUCCAUCUGCUAUAUCUAUGCGCCUACAUGCUAUCACCCGGCGAGACAAUGUGGAGUAUAGUAGAACAAACAGGCGCCGACAAACUAUGGCCUGACCUCGUUGAUGAACAUGACGACGGGACUUUUUUCCCUCUCGACCCCGGGAUUUUGUUCUUCAGUGGACUUGAGGAUAGUGAGUUUGUGGAGGGGGUGAUUGAGACGUUGGUUCGAUUCCCCAUCAAGACUUUGAAGGAGAUGAACACUGGUGAUGGGUGGAGGAGGGUUCCUGUUACCUUUGUCAAGACUUUGAGGGAUUUUGCGCUUCAGGGUGCUGCGCAGGAUAUCAUGCUUGAGAGAGUUCGCGGGGAAGGCAUUUUUGUGAAGGUUGUGGAGUUUGAUACGCAUCAUAGUCCUUGGGUUUCGAUGGCUGGGGAUGUUGUUAGGGUUGCUGUUGAGGCUGCUGGGGAUGAGAGGAAUCCCAAGUAG